UUUCAAAACUAGCGCAUCAUAGACGUUUGAUUCUUCAGACCCGCCUUCAAAAUUUCAGUUUAUAUUUGUUUUUGAUUGGGGUGGUUGGUGUCGUGCCGCGCUGUUGCUGUUUUUGAAGUGUCAUUGCAAGGAGAAAAAUUGUUUUUUAUCUUAGUAUUCUGAAUAUUGUGCUGUCUAGGUCGUAGAGGUGGAACAAUGGCUUCACAACUUUUGAAAGGAAGAAAUGUUCUGGCCCUAAAGUCUUUGCUUCCCAAACAAAUCAUUCCAUCAUGUUCCGGAGCUGCUUUUGAUGGAAGCAAGAUGAAGAGGCCAACACCUUCAGUUGGCUAUGGUUCAAGAUCUCUGACAACGACUAAGUAUGCUUCACCACAGGAAUGCACUGGUGCUGGCUUUUGCUCUCAUUCUUUUCAAAGAUGGAUGACGUACAAGUCGACGGCAGUGCCGCCGGCGGCUGUCACCUCGGUGGCCAGCCGGGACGAGCGGCGUGGCUUCAUGGCGUGCUUCCCGGACCUGGUGCGCAACCUGACCGAGGUCGGCUUCCACAAGGACCUCGAGGAGGCCAACAAGUGGUUCGCCAAGGUGCUUCAGUAUAACGUGCAGGGUGGUAAGAUGAACCGCGGCCUGGCCGUGCCGCUCACGUACAAGAUGCUGGUCCCCGCGGAGAAACAGACUGAGGAGCUGAUGCAUCAGGCCUACAUUGUCGGAUGGUGCGUCGAAUUGAUGCAGGCGUUCUUCCUCGUUCUGGAUGAUAUAAUGGACAACUCUGAGACGCGGCGCGGCAAGGAGUGUUGGUACCGCAAGGACGGCCUCGGCCUGCCGGCCAUCAACGACGCCAUUCUGAUGGAGGCCGGGAUAUACAAACUCCUAAAGUUGCACUGUAGCAGCGAGCCCUACUACCCGAACCUCAUCGACCUCUUCCACAGUACGACAAUGAAGACGACGCUGGGCCAGAGUCUGGACCUACUGGGCGCCCAGAGCGGGAAGCUCGACCUGCAAAAGUACACCAUGGAGCGCUACUCGGCCAUCGUCAAGUACAAGACGGCCCACUACUCGUUCCACCUGCCCAUCGCGCUGGCUAUGCACAUGGCCGGCAUCUCGGACCCGGAGAGUCACCGUCAGGCCAAGCACAUUCUGCUGGAGAUGGGCAACCUCUUCCAAGUCCAGGACGACUUCCUGGACUGUUUCGGUGACCCGGCCGUGACCGGGAAGGUGGGCACCGACAUCCAGGACGGCAAGUGCUCGUGGCUGGUGGUGGUGGCGCUGCAGCGGGCCUCCGGACGGCAGAAGCAGAUCAUACAGGACAAUUACGGUAGCUCCGACCCGGAGAAGGUGGAACAGAUUAAGCAGCUGUACACCGACCUGAACCUAAUCUCCGUCUACAAGAAGUACGAGCUGAACAAUUACGAACUCAUCUGUCGGCUCAUCGAGCAGACCUCGCGCGGAGUGCCGCACAAGGUGUUCUAUAAGAUGCUCGAAAAGAUCUACCAGCGUGAGAGUUGAAUGUCCUCUAUGAGUUGACGAUAUUGAACUGCCAGCGUCGACGCGUCUUCUUGAACUCUUUUGUACAGAAUAGCGAUGUUUUAGACGCUUUGAAUCCGUUUCCUGCUGUUGGAAUUAUUUUUCGUCUCUAUCGUUUUCAUAGCCUGUUUAGCGCGUUCUCAACGCGUAGUCUUUCGGUAUGUUCAUUCCCCAAGCCGAGCUUGCCUGUUCAGACAUCUAUUAAGAGUAUGCAGUAUUUGUGUCUCAAACGCGCCCGCUGGGGUGUCUGUUAUCGGUGUGACGCCGCGGCCUGGUCCGAUUCCUCCGUAACCCCCUGUUGUGGGCCGGACCGCGGCUACUGACCCGAAUCACGGACAGACAGGUCGUCGCCGGCUGUCAGAUUAUUUAUUUCCAAUCACCUGCUGCGUCUUCGCCGUGUCUAACUCUAGGUCGAAGUGUUGUUGGGCGCGCGGCGGUUGGACCGAGAGACGUUUGCUGCAAUAGCCGGCGGUGUGUCCGCGCCGGUAAAUGCUUCCACUGCGGUCGCGGGGCGCCACUCAGUUGGCUCCAGUUUGUGUUGGGGCGGCCCGAGUCGCCGGGGAGACUGCCCGGCGAUCUGAGCGAGCUGUGACGGAGCGGCCGUUGCCAUGGCGGCGCGCCGCGGAGACGCGCAUUGUCUAAUAAAGCGCACCUAUUACAU